AUGGCAUUGCCUCGAUCAUGCGUCGAGUGGUUCAAGAUUUCUCCUGAGGAGUUCCACACUGGGAUCGGCUGGUGGCAAGUGGGCCAGCGCAUAACAUCCCCGGCGAGCGAGGGCUCCGCCGCUCGCCAGUCGAGGCCUAAAACAAGAGACCACGUCAACAGAAAAGUGAUCGCAACGACAACAAGGGCAGCGAGAAUGCCAGACGUGCUGCCGAGAGAGGACACCAAAGUGAUCGUGAGGCCGCGGGGAGGCCUAAACAUCGCAAGAACGCAGACUGGGAUCGUUGCCUCGGCCAUCAUGGCUGCGGCGAGGGUUUCCAGAGAAGACGGUGCGGCGAAUACCUUCUGCCCCAACCUACACCAGAAUAUCAUGGUGGUGAGUACCCCCGAUAAGGGGCGUGCUUUGUCCUAUGCCAAGAUUCAGGCCAUCCGCAUCGGGGACAAGAUACACGAGGUAGGCGCGUACCAAACCACACCAUAUGGCACGGUCAAGGGGAUCAUUCGAGGCAUUCCCAUUGAAGAUACUCCGGCGGAGAUUGACCGGAACGUUGUUAGCUCAAGAAAUCCAUUAGCAAGAGGGGCGCAAAGAAUUGGCAAUACGACUACCGUAAUUGUAGUUUUUGAAGGCCAAAAGGUUCCAAAUUAUGUAUGGUAUGGCCCUGUGUUAACGAGGUGCAGUCUGUACCGCAAGCAUUUCGAUGUCUGCAAACAGUGCGGCAAAAUAGGCCACAGAAGAGACGUUUGUCCUAACCCCAAUAUGAAAGUGUGCUUCGACUGUGGGGCCAAUAACCCUGUCGAUGGCCACGAGUGUACGCCUAAAUGCAAACUAUGUGGGGGACAACACCCAACCGCCGAUAGAGAAUGCAAGAACAAAUACAAAACUCCCUACGUAGUAACGAAAAGGCAGUGGGAGCGCAAGAUGGCGGAACAGCGCGUACAGCAACAACUAGCAUCCGGAGAGUUUCCACCGUUGAUGACGUCAGCAGGAGCGAGCGGCACAGCUGGUCGCCAUGAGUCACGCUCGCGCGGGAACAACAGCGAAAGUCGAAACAGAAGCAUGAGCCGCCACCGCCGAUCCCAAUCCAAAGACAGAGUAGCCUGGGCAGACGUAGUAAAGUCGGGGGUAGCCAAGAAAGAGCAGCAGCAACAGCAGCAGCAGUCACCGCCAUUUCGAGGUGGUGGAGGGAAAUUUAAAGACGAAAGUGAGGCAAUGAAGGCGCUAAGAGAAGCAAACCAGGCGUUGCGGAAGAAGAACACUGAACUAGAGGCGACAGUCAAUAAGCUCAGCAAGGAAAUGGCAGAGAUCAAGAAAAUGAUGACGGUCCAGCUACAUGAGCAGCAGGCACAGCCUUUAUCGCCACAACCACAGCAGAUGGCAAUGACCGAGGAUGAACCAGAAGUAGCGGUGAACCCGAGGACAGAGAACGCGGCCUCGGCGGGUCCGGCACCCAAGAGAAGAGCAAUUGAAAAUCUCAAAGAGCGGAGACUCAGCGAUAGGGUAGACAACCUUGAAGACAGGCUCACCCACUUUGAAGAGUAUAUUCGCACGACAUUCACCAAGACAAUCACCGACCGUUUCAUAGCAAUUGAACAGACGUGCCAGCAAUUUACUACGACAGUACAGAAUUUGGCAACGCAAAUGGCUAACUUUCAGCAAACAUGGAUAGGACAUCAACCACCGCAACCACAACAGCAGUGA